AUGGCGACAUCUCUGAAGAUCAUGGGGCGGAGUGGCCGUUACUGGCAUAUCAAUGGGACCUAUGACCAGAUGAGCAACACACACCACGAAAGGCCCGUUUGGGUGAAGCGCGACGUGGUCCCGCUCUACAUCUUUCACACUGGCAAGACCCGCUGGGUGAUAAGCAAGCGUGUAGACGACGGCUCCAAGUGCUAUGCCUAUGUGCAGGACACUGGCUACAGUCCCACCAAGAUCAGUGGGCACUGGUGUUGCGUAGACUCAGACGGCCAGUGGCGCGCCGACCCCUCGGUGAUGUGCUCGCCGAUGCCCGCUUCGAACGACCCCUUCGUGCAGCUCCGCACGAGCCUGGAGUCGGAGAUGGAGCAGUACGGCUUCAACAACAUGGACAAGCUACGACAGCUGUGGAAACGCUUGGACUUCAACGGCAACAACAUUGUCAGCCUGGCCGAGAUCGACAAGCUGGUUGUCGAGAUGGUUGCUGGUGGCAUGUGGCCCUCGUGGCUCAACAACAAGCCCGCUCUCAUGCGUGCUUACAAGAAGACCAUCCUCAAGGAUGGCGACGGGGACGACUGGGUCACCAAGAGGGAGUUUCACAACCUGCUAUUGAACAUUUUCUGGUUCAACAAGCUUUGGCAGAUCUUUGAAGUCGUGGAUUCCGGCGACGAUCGCCGCAUCGACGUGAACGAGUUUAUCCGCGGAAUGAGCCAGCUGGGCCUCCAUCUAAGCCCUGCCGAGGCUCAGGAGCAGUUCAGCAAGAUCGAUUCCAACCACGGUGGCCAGGUUCUGUUCGUGGAGUUCUGCGCGUACGUGCGAGGUCGAGUGCACCCGGAUGGUAACCCAUCCUUCGAUGCGGACAUCAUGUCUGGGGAGAAGUGUAACAAGGCAAGGGCUCUGUGGAGAUGA